CUGUCACCCUUCCCCCUCACUCCCAAGCUAGGACAGAGCUAAGCACGUGACUUGAGCCUUAGAGCAAAACUUUUGCCCUUCUUGAGAGGGUGGUGUCUGCCAGAUCACUUUGUAGACACUUUGACACCUAUGUGGUUGCUGGGCUUGGGGACAAGGUGAGCACUCAGAACAAAGAAGCAUAAAUACAGCACAGCCUUGCCCUCUGCCUCCCAGGUCACCUCAGCUGUACAAUGGGAGGGUGCUGGCACCCAAAAGCCACCAUCUGCACACAUGGGUGUUCCAACUCUUUUGCAGCCGCAGAGAACCUGAGACUGUGACUGCUUGCCGUCCUCGGCCUCCCAUCUGUCCUGACUCCUUGACUUCCCGGGCCACCCCUACUCCCAGCCAUCAACCCUCAAGGGCCUAAUCUCAGGCUGGACCAACUUAGAGAUGCCAGUUUCUCUUUGCAGCCCAGGCUGCUGGGGCAAAUCCUGGUGCCAGCAGGGGCUGCGGGAAGCCCCCGGGGCCUGCACUGCUCCCCAGAUGGCCUGCUCUUCUUGACGGCUGGUGCUGCAUCCUGUGUCUAUGUGCUGGAUCUUGAGGGACAUGCCAUUUGUCAACUACCCUGCCGCAUGCCUAGAACUGGAGCCUUUGUUCCAGAGGAUGUGACCGUGACAGCUUCAGGGCUUGUGGUGGUCAGUGACCUCAUCCAUGGGGCUGUGCAUGCUCUCCAGUACACUUCCCGGGAACCUCAGGGCCGCUGGAUGACUGUAGGCACGUACUUGUCCCCUCGAGGACUGGCUGUGGAUGCCCUUGGUCACUUACUGGUGACAGACUACUUGCCUGGAAUUGUGCAAAGUUUCGUGUUAGGGCCAACCUUGGAGUCCCUCGAUCCAGUCUCCAUGCUAGGACUGGAGGGUCCCUGUUGGGUAGGGCCAGGACCAGAUGGGGGCUUUGCUGUGAGUGAGGAGUUUGGGGAUGUGCAGCUGUUUGGCAGUGCCCACCAGCCUCUGGGGUCCCUGGGAACCCUGACUGGGCAUAGCUUUGGCCGUCCAGCGGGUGUGUGCUCUGAUGCAGAGGGUAGCAUUAUUGUGGCUGAUGAGCAGAGGCACCAAGUGAUUGUGUUCCCCCGGGUUGGGCCACCCAUCUGCCUGCAGUUGGAGGGACUAGAGAGGCCCUUGGGUAUGGCCUGUACACCCCAGGGCCAACUGGUGGUGGCAGAUGCAGGGGACAACUGCAUCAAAGUGUACCAGUACCUCAGGGAGAUGGCCUGAUGGUUCUGGGGAAAUAACCCCUUCCUAUGACUGGCCAGGCCUGAAGCCUGUACUGUCAUGGAAGACUGGUGGGCUCCUUGGGGUCUGCUGAACCUUCAUCCUGACACCUGGUCAUAGUUGGCUUUUUAAUUUCCUCUUG